GCUGCAGAAGAUGUCAAUGUUACUUUUGAAGAUCAACAGAAAAUUAACAAGUUUGCAAGAAAUACUAGCAGGAUCACAGAGCUGAAAGAGGAGAUAGAAGUGAAAAAGAAACAACUUCAGAAUUUGGAAGAUGCUUGUGAUGACAUCAUGAUGCUUGAUGAUAGUGAUUCACUUCUGAUACCCUACCAAAUUGGAGAUGUCUUCAUUAGUCAUUCCCAAGAAGAGACACAAGAGAUGCUGGAGGAGGCAAAGAAAAGUUUACAAGAAGAAAUUGAAGCGUUAGAGUCCCGAGUGGAAUCAAUUCAAAGGGUGUUAUCUGACCUGAAAGUUCAGCUCUAUGCAAAGUUUGGAAAUAACAUAAAUCUUGAGGCUGAGGACAGUUAAACGUGUUCUAAAUAAACCAUACAACUUUUCCCUGUUUUAUUAAAUAUUUUGAUAACAUUGUUCCAAUUGCUUUUCUUUUUUUUUUUUUACUUUCCUGUCUUGGGUUCCAUCUAUUUAAUGAGAACAUUCUUAUUUUGGUUAUUGCAGUUAUUUAUUUGUUCAGGAAAACAUGAGCUUCAUACUGUGGGUAAAGCAUCAAGAUUGGAAUCUUUGCAUUGCUUAUUAAAGUAAUAAAGUCAGGCACGUAUUGUA